AUGAACAGGCUGUGGGAUCCUAGCAAAGCUGCUUGGUUAUAUCCUUUGCGUGGGAUUUACUACUUUGCGUCGCACCGAUUUCUUUGGCCGCUGUUUCGGGCGCGUUUGAUACCUAUCGUCCUGCUUUCUACAUUUAUCUACUUCAUCCUCUUUCUUUUCACAUAUCUGCCACAAGUUGCCUUUCUCGCGAUCUUCCAAGGCGCCGGUGCUUGGGUCAAUGGUGCAUUUCUCGUUCUUGGAGAAGGAGCGGCCAUCGUAGCGCUACUGUUUGAGGCAUUUUUUGUCGACGAGACGUUGGUGGACAUCUUUGAUGCUGUUCUUGUCAACGAGGGCCAUGGCGAGCUCGUCACCGCUUGUAGGGUCCUGUAUCCCCAGGGCGACGACGUUGUCAAGCGGCUGGGUAAACCGACCCACAGCGCGGUGUAUUCGCCAUUUUCUCUGCGGCAGAUCAUCGAGUUUAUAGUCUUGCUGCCCUUGAACUUCAUCCCCGUCGCAGGCACGCCAAUGUUCUUGUUGUUGACCGGUUAUCGCGCGGGGCCAUUUCAUCAUUGGCGGUAUUUCCAAAUGCUAGAUCUGUCGAAGAAACAAAGGAAGGAAAGGAUCCGUCAUCGGCAGCUUCAAUACACUACAUUCGGAACAGUUGCUCUGCUUCUACAGCUGAUUCCUGCCUUCUCGAUGUUCUUCCUCAUGUCAACUGCGGCUGGGUCUGCCCUCUGGACACUAGGAGCUUCACCUAGUGCUCCUACUACUGCAAUCUCUCCCAGUCCGUCAGAUUUUUCUCCGACGCUUCCACCAAUAUCCACAGUUAACCAGAGUCUCGCAUCCACUUCAAUUCCAUCUUCGGUAGAAUCCAUCUGCCCUUUGCCCACAGCGUGGCUGUUGGUCGAUGAUUUCUUCACGUAUAUUCAUCCAUUGGUCCCCAUCCCUCAUGAGCCCUCAUUCCGCGUCGCCUUUGAGCGACGGGAGGACACCACCAAUCCGACAUUCCUGGCCCUCCUGGCCUCGAUGAUCGGGAGCCUGGUGGCAUCCUUCCCGAGGAGACCAAAGCUUCAUCUCAAGACCGAGGCAGAGAAAGCGGCCUUUCCCCACUCCCUUGCCUUGGUCAAGCGCUGUCAUGAUGUUGCUGUGCAAGCUCGAGGUGUCGGGUACCUCGAUCGGAGCGCCACAGUCUAUGACGCUGCCAUCAGCUACUUCCUGGGUCUCUGCUCGGCAUAUGUCUACAACAUCCGGCGAUGUCGGGUCUACCUUGCCGAGUGCCGCACGAUGUUGCAUGUGUACGAUCUCUGCCGCCAGUCGACCGUGCAGUCGUCCUUGGGGCCAACAAGCCCGAUCUCUUCUUCGUCGGGCAUAUCACAUGAUCGGCUCAGUGGCCCAGCUGAGCGCCCAGUGGACCUGAUCGAGCAGGAGCUCGCGCGGCGACUGUUCUAUGUGACGCUAGCCGGCUACCGAUCAAUACAGCAGUUAGGCUCCACUGACACCCCGAUCUAUCUUCCGCCAGAGACGCCGACCGACCGCUACCCACCAUUACCCCUUGAAGUGGACGACGAGUUUAUUUUCAGAACGCAUGUCGAACCUCAGCCAGCCAACCGUGUUUCGCAGCUGGUGGGUUUCAACGCCAACGUCCGGGUCUAUAACUCGUACAACUCCCUGUCCGCUUGGGAGGUUGCGUUCGGCAGCGGGCAAAUCGUUGACUGGGAGCGGCAACGGUCUCUGCUAUUCGAAUGUUUGCAGAAUUCCAAAGCGGCUUUGGCCAACGUGCCACCGGAGCUAUCACUCCACCCUCACCGGAACAAUCCCGUGGAUGCGGCUGAGGACCUCUGGAUGCGCGAGCGUCGCCAUAUCCAGUACGAGAUCCAGAAGGCCAAUAUCUACGUGAGCCAACUGGCCACCAGAUCCUACUUGGCCGAGAAGUACUGGAGUCUCUACGCCACUUGGAAGAUGUAUCACCGACCCUCCGAGGAGGGAGGACCCGGAACUCCAGUUAAAGUGGAGGGCAAUGCGCACAAGGGGAUCGACGAUGCCGCUCAGAGCGACUACAUUGGAAUGGCCAUGGCAGAAGAACGCCGUCUCGUCGUUCGAGAUCUGUUUGUCUUGCUACGGUCGGUCAACGAGGUCAAUAUGGAACCCAACGGUGCCAGCUUUACCGGUAAAGUCCGCCAAGUCGCGUCAACCUUGCUUAACCUCCCCCACUCACGGGCCGAGACGACCACCUUUACACCCUCCACGCCAGGCCCCAACCCCAUCACCCUUGCCGAGGCAGAAUCCUAUCUACACGCCUUCAUCGACACCCUCAUCCGACUGGAGGGACUCGCGGCGCCCACACCGGGAACGGCCGGGACAAGCCCCCACUCAAACGGACGUAGAAUGAGUUAUUUGAGCGACCGGGACCGAGACGAGGAGGAGCUGCGCCAGUGGGCGAGUCUGAAGGAUUACCAGGCGAAAUUCAGCGCGUUUAGUGACCUUUGA